UUGCCGAGCGCCGGUGGGCCGAGCGGCUCCGGAGCGGCCCGAAGGCGCCCGAGCGUCCGUCCUGCCGGACUGCUGGAGGCGGCCGCAGCGCCAUGUUUGAUGCUCCGCUACUUCAGUGAGGAAAAUCCGCCGGCAUCGCCCGAGAGCCGUCACCGCGAAGGGCUCCGCUGCCCCCGGGGAGGGGGACCGAGACCCCCCGCCGCCGGCGGCUCAUGAGCAGCGCGGCCUGAGCCGCCUCCCCCCCUCCCCUCCCCGCCGGCCCCUCUCCCGUCCCCUCCCCGCGCCGAGCCCUCCGGGAGGCGCGUUGUCACGGAGACCGGCGCCGGUGCCGGCCCGCCGCGCUGCCCCGGCCGCCGCACCGGCCCCCGGCCCGCACCCCGGCUCCCCCCCGGCCCCGGCCCCGCUCCCCGCCGGGGGGUGGUGGCUCCGCUUGGCGAUGAGUUUACCGCAGAAGGCGGCUUUGAAACCCGGCGCGGCGGCGGCGGCGGGGACCGGCCCCGGGAGCGGGGCGGCGGCGGCGGCGGCGGCGGCGGCGGCAGCGGCGGGGCCGCCUCCCCCCCCGGCUCCCCCUCACCCGGCGGCGGCGCCGGCGCCUCACCCCAACAUCAGGGCCUUGCCGCCCCAGCCGCCCCAGCAGAUCCCCCGGGGUCCUGUUCAGCAGCCCCUCGAGGAUCGGAUCUUCACUCCGACGGUCUCCGCUGUGUACAGCACUUUUAUCUCCACACAGGUAACACAAGUAGCAAGACAACCAGGUCCUCCUGCCCCAUCCCCUUACACUGCACAUGAAAUAAAUAAGGGACACCCAAAUCUUGCUGCAACACCACCGGGACAUGCGUCGUCCCCUGGGCUUUCACAGGCUCCUUACCCCUCAGGACAGAAUGCAGCUCCAACCACACUGGUGUACCCUCAAGCCCCUCAAACAAUGAACACCCAGCCUCAGACCCGCUCGCCGCCCAGCAGAACAGUGCCAAUACAUUGCACAGACAACUGGAAGAGGAGGAAGGUUUUGGAACAGAGUCCGGUUUACAGGUCCCUGGCUGGAAGAGGCUGGAUAAAAUACUGCAUUUUUGCAGCGGGGCCUCGACCUGCCCAUCACCAGGGAGGAUUCAGACCUAUACAGUUUUUUCAGAGGCCUCAGAUACAGCCUCCCAGAGCUACCAUCCAGAACAGCAGCCCCUCCAUCCGUCCUGGUGCGCAAACGCCGACUGCGGUAUAUCAGACCAACCAGCACAUCAUGAUGGUUAAUCAUCUGCCAAUGCCCUACCCGAUGCCUCAGGGCCCCCAGUACUGUAUACCACAGUAUCGUCACAGUGGCCCUCCGUAUGUCGGGCCCCCACAGCAGUAUCCUGUUCAGCCGCCAGGACCAGGACCCUUUUAUCCAGGACCAGGUCCUGGAGAAUUCCCCAAUGCCUAUGGAACACCUUUCUACCCAAGUCAGCCAGUGUAUCAGUCAGCACCCAUCAUAGUGCCUACACAGCAGCAGCAGCCUCCACCAGCUAAAAGAGAGAAAAAAACGAUCCGAAUCCGGGAUCCAAACCAGGGAGGCAAAGAUAUAACAGAAGAAAUCAUGUCUGGAGGGGGCAGCAGGAACCCAACACCUCCCAUCGUGAGACCCACUUCCACACCUACUCCACCUCAGUUUUUAUGUUCGCACGCUCAUUAUCACCCUUUUUUGUACUUCAAAUCCCAGCAGCUGCCCAGCCAGGUCCCCGAGCACAGCCCUGUGGUUUAUGGGACUGUGGAGAACACCCAUCUCGCUGCCAGCACCCCUGUCACUGCGACUAGCAACCCGAAGCAAGAAGAGAAGCCAAAACCAGAUCCAGUAUUAAAACCUCCUUCUCCAGUCCUCAGACCAGAACCUACUGGGGAGAAAAAAGAUCAAGCUGGCCAGACGACCGAGGCCACCUCGGUGGAAACCACAGCAGAACUUCCUCUUGCUCCGUCGCCAACCCCGGCCGCUCCCGUCGCAGUUGUUUCUACUGCUGCUGCUGCUGUUGUCACCGUUUCUAGUAAAUCCACAUUCACAGCUGACUCAGAGGAGAAAUGUGAACUCGCCUCCCCAAAAGAGGAGGCAAUGCCUAUUCCUAAUGCCGCACCCUGCACAGACACAUCAGACCCUUCACCAGCGGAAGAGGCUGAUGUCGAGGUGUGCAAGGAGCCUAGUAGUGUAGCAUCUAGUGAUAUUCCAGUGACUGCUAGUACUAAUCUAAUUAAUGAAAUGAACGGAGUUAGUGAAAAAGUAACUGCUGCAGAGAGCGUAGUAGAUGUAGCCCAGACGGAAGUUGCACCAUUGACUGUUGAGUUGGAGACACCAGAAGCACCUCCAGCAGAAGUGGAAAGCGUGCCAUCUUCCAGUGCUCUUCACGCUGCUCCCUCUCCUCCUCCCACCCCACCUCCCACCCCUCCGCCUCCUUCUCCUCCGAUUUCUGUUGCUGCUGCUGCUGUUACCACUACAACUCCUUCUCCACCUCCUCUCCCAUCUCCUAGUGCCCUCCCUGUUGUUCAGGGAGAUUUAGAAGGAGAGGAGAGCACAAGAACUACUCUUAAUGAAGAGGUAAAAGAUACUGAAAAGAAGGAAGAGACAGAAGCAGAUGGGCAACUGGAGGAGAGCACGGAGGCUCAGAGUUUAAACUUGAGCAAGAGUCCUGUCCCAGCCCAAACAGCUGUAACUGCACCAAAGACGUGGAAGAAACCAAAAGACCGGACCCAAGCCACUGAGGAGGUGUUAGAGGCAGAAACAGAGCCUAAAGUAGAAGAGGAACUUUCAGGUGACAAAGUACUUGAAUCUGAACAGGAGAAAAUGAGCCAUGGGUUUCAACUGGAGAGAGACCCCUCCGAGCUUAAAAAAGUGAAAUCUGUGGAAGAAAACGGAGAGCAGGAAGCAGAACCUGUCCGGAAUGGUGCCGAGAGUGUUUCGGAGGGAGAAGGAACCGAUGCAAACUCAGGCUUCACAGAGGGUUCCAGUGAACAGCCAGUGUACCAGUAUAAACCAGAGCAGUGGAAGCCCCUGGACCCGGAGGGGAAGAAGCAGUAUGACAGGGAGUUCCUACUGGAUUUCCAGUUCAUGCCUGCCUGUAUCCAAAAGCCGGAGGGGCUGCCUCCCAUAAGCGAUGUGGUUCUCGACAAGGUGAGAGGAGAGCCCAUUAAACAGGUCAAUCAGCCAAAAUUGCCACUGAGAACUCUGGACCCUCGGAUACUGCCUCGAGGACCAGACUUCACACCAGCCUUUGCUGAUUUUGGGAGGCAAACCUCCGGUGGAAGAAACGUAUCUGGAAGUGCCUGCAAAGUGCAGAGCAACCCUGGAUUGCCUUCCCUGGCUCGGUGCGGUUCCCCAGCAUGCCCUCUCUUGGUCUCGCCUCACCCACCAUUGAGGAACCUGCCGAUAGGGUUGUUGAAUGUUGGACCGAGGAGAUCUCAGCCAGGCCAGAGGAGAGAGCCCAGGAAGAUCAUCACUGUGUGUGUGAAGGAGGAUGUCCACCUGAAGAAGGCAGAGAAUGCCUGGAAGCCAAGCCUGAAGAGAGAAAAUCAAACCGAGGACCCAGAAAAUGUCAAAACUCAGGAGCUGUUCCGCAAGGUACGAAGCAUCUUGAACAAGCUGACACCCCAGAUGUUCAAUCAGCUCAUGAAGCAAGUGACAGACCUGACGGUAGAUACAGAGGAGAGGCUGAAAGGAGUCAUCGACCUGGUCUUCGAGAAGGCUAUCGAUGAGCCGAGCUUCUCGGUGGCAUAUGCCAACAUGUGCAGAUGUCUUGUAACGCUGAAAGUGCCCAUGGCAGACAAACCUGGGAGCACAGUAAAUUUCCGCAAGUUGCUGUUAAAUCGCUGCCAGAAGGAAUUUGAAAAGGACAAGGCUGAUGACGACGUCUUUGAAAAGAAGCAGAAAGAACUUGAAGCUGCUACCACUCCAGAGGAGAAGACACGGCUCCAUGACGAGCUGGAAGAGGCCAAGGACAAAGCCCGACGGAGAUCCAUUGGGAAUAUAAAAUUCAUUGGCGAGCUUUUCAAACUGAAAAUGCUGACGGAGGCUAUCAUGCAUGACUGCGUGGUAAAGCUGCUGAAAAACCACGACGAGGAGUCCCUUGAGUGCCUUUGCCGCCUGCUGACUACGAUUGGCAAGGACCUGGACUUUGAGAAAGCAAAGCCUCGCAUGGACCAGUAUUUUAAUCAGAUGGAGAAGAUUGUGAAAGAGAGGAAAACAUCUUCAAGGAUUCGGUUCAUGCUUCAGGAUGUAAUAGACCUCAGGCUGUGCAACUGGGUGUCACGGAGAGCGGACCAGGGCCCGAAGACCAUCGAGCAGAUUCACAAAGAAGCCAAGAUUGAAGAGCAAGAAGAACAAAGGAAAGUCCAGCAACUCAUGACCAAAGAGAAGAGAAGACCGGGUGUGCAGCGGGUCGACGAAGGCGGGUGGAACACUGUGCAGGGGGCAAAGAACAGCAGAGUGCUGGACCCCACCAAGUUCCUUAAAAUCACCAAGCCCACGAUAGAUGAGAAGAUUCAGCUUGUGCCUAAAGCCCAGCUGGGCAGCUGGGGAAAGGGCAGCAGUGGUGGAGCAAAGGCAAGCGAGAUGGACUCCUUACGACCAAGUGCCACGAGUUUGAACAGAUUUUCUGCACUGCAGCCUCCAGUCUCAUCUGUAUCUGCCUCAUCCGCAUCUUCAGAAUUAGACUCUCGCAGGGCCUUAACUAGUCGCGGGAGCACGGGCAGGGAGAAGAAUGACAAACCUCUCCCACCUUCGCUCUCCCGUCCCAACACCUUCCUGCGGGGCAGCAGCAGCAAAGAGCUGCUGCUCGACAAUCAGGCACAGGAGGAGCAGCGGAGGGAGAUGCUGGAGACGGUGAAGCAGUUAACGGGCGGCAUGGAGAUGGACAGAAACAGCACGGAGGCGGAGAGGAGCAAAGCCAAGGAAUCUGCCAAGCCAGAAGCUCCCCCAGCUCCAGCACAAGAAAAGCCUUCACUAUCAGAGGAGGAAAUAGAGAGAAAAUGCAAAUCUAUCAUUGAUGAGUUCUUGCAUAUUAAUGAUUUUAAGGAGGCAAUGCAGUGCGUGGAGGAGCUGAGCGCCCAGAAUCUGCUGCCUGUUUUCGUGCGAGUGGGAGUGGAGUCGACGCUCGAGAGGAGUCAGAUCACCCGGGAUCACAUGGGCCAGUUAUUACAUCAGCUGGUGCAGUCGGGAAAGCUGAGCAAGCAGGAUUUCUUCAAGGGCUUUUCCGAUACCUUGGAGAUGGCAGACGAUAUGGCCAUAGAUAUACCCCAUAUUUGGUUGUACCUAGCUGAGUUGGUGACCCCCAUGUUAAAAGAAGGAGGAAUCUCUAUGAGAGAACUUAUACAAGAAUUUAGCAAACCUUUGCUUCCUGUGGGAAGAGCCGGCGUCUUGCUUGCUGAGAUCUUGCACCUUCUAUGCAAACAAAUGAGCCAUAAGAAAGUGGGAGCCUUAUGGAGGGAGUCUGGCCUCAGUUGGAAGGACUACUUACCUGAAGGGGAGGAUGUACAUACCUUUCUCAUGGAACAAAAGUUGGACUUCACAGAGUCCGACUGUUCCAGUUCCUCAGAAGCACUUUCAGAGAAAGAACUCUCUGCGGAAGAGCUGAACAAGCAGCUAGAAAAACUCAUUGUUGAGGACAAGGCGAAUGAUGAACAAAUCUUUGACUGGGUAGAGGCUAAUCUAGAUGAAAGCCAGAUGAGUUCACCUACAUUCCUUAGAGCUUUAAUGACAGCAGUUUGUAAAGCAGCUAUUAUAGCGGACUCUUCUAGCUUCCGUGUGGACACUGCUGUUAUCAAACAGAGAGUGCCGAUCUUACUCAAGUACCUAGACUCAGACACAGAGAAGGAACUACAAGCACUUUAUGCACUACAAGCAUCAAUAGUAAAACUUGAUCAACCUCCUAAUUUGUUGCGGAUGUUUUUUGAUUGCCUGUAUGACGAGGAGGUAAUAUCAGAGGAUGCCUUCUACAAGUGGGAAAGCAGCAAGGACCCAGCGGAGCAGAAUGGGAAAGGAGUAGCGCUAAAAUCUGUCACAGCAUUCUUCACGUGGCUACGGGAGGCCGAAGAGGAGUCGGAGGAUAAUUAAAACUUAAAAUACAGAGAAAAAAAAAAAAAAAAAAAAAGAAACAGUUUAAGUAUUUUUUUAAAAAGUUUCACGUCUUCGCCAAUCACAGUGCAGCAAGGCCAAUUCUCGCGCAGACCCCCCCCUUCCCCCACACAUGCACGAGUGGGAGAGGUAAAAAUAGAUAAACACCAAGGUGAUCAUGGAGGAAAAAAGGUACUUGAAAAAAAAAAAAAGUAAACUUCAAACCUGAGGGCGGGAGCACUAAACCAAAAUACAUGUAUUAUUUAUAGAAAAUAUUUUCUGUUUUAAUCUUUUUCUUUUCUUUUUAAACAAGGACUCAUACAAAAACACAAAGCGAAACAAAUCUGUUUAGCAAAAAAAAAAGUUGAAAACUUUUAAUUUAUUAUUUUAAGGACUGCAAAUGCCAGUGUAAUUUUUAAAUUUGCAGUUUCUGUAAACAAAUUGUAUAAUAGAACAAAAGCAGAGAAAUAAAUUUCCCUCCCCUUCAUAUGCACCUCAGUUUUGUUUCAAAGCAUGAUAAAUAGACAAAACUUUCAAGGGGGUUGGGGUAAGCUAGAUGAGGAAGAGAUGAAUUUUUUUUUAAUUGUCAUCAGAUUUUUCUGCCUGCCUCUCAGCUUGCUUCAGAAAUU